UUUUGAAGAAGUACAUGGACAACAGUCAUCAGACAAAAGCUGUUUCCUGUAAGCAGGAGGGUCUUCCCUGUAUUGCGCCCCUAAUAGCCACGGUGGAGGAGACUCCACAGACCAUCUCCGCCCAAGUCCAAGGACAUUUCCCCAAGUGGCUCAAUGGCUCUCUACUUCGAAUUGGACCUGGGAAGUUUGAGUUUGGGAAGGACAAGUACAAUCACUGGUUUGAUGGGAUGGCGUUGCUUCACCAGUUUAGGAUGGAGAAGGGCACCGUCACAUAUAGGAGCAAGUUUCUACAGAGUGAUACAUACAAGGCCAACAGUGCGCAGAAUCGAAUUGUGAUCUCAGAAUUUGGCACACUGGCUCUCCCUGAUCCAUGCAGGAAUGUUUUUGAACGUUUCAUGUCCAAGUUUGAGCUACCUGGUAAGCAGCUAUUACUUGGCCCAGAAUUUGCAGCAGUAACUGACAACACCAGUGUCAACUAUGUGCGGUACAAGGGUGAUUACUACCUGAGCACUGAGACCAACUUUAUGAAUAAAGUGGACAUUGAAACCCUGGAAAAAACAGAAAAGGUAGACUGGAGCAAAUUCAUUGCUGUGAAUGGAGCAACUGCACAUCCUCAUUAUGACCCAGACGGAACUGCAUACAACAUGGGGAACUCCUAUGGGCCACAUGGUUCUUGCUAUAAUAUUAUUCGGAUUCCUCCAGAAAAGGGGGAUCUUGGGGAUACAAUCCAUGGAGCCCAAGUGAUAUGUUCGAUUGCUUCUGCACAGAGUUUUAAACCUUCUUAUUACCAUAGUUUCGGAAUGACGAAGAACUACAUAAUCUUCAUUGAACAACCUCUAAAAAUGAAUCUGUGGAAAAUAGUCACUUCUAAAAUUCGGGGAAAGGCCUUCUCAGAUGGAAUAAGCUGGGAGCCCCAGUAUAACACACGGUUUCAUGUGGUGAAUAAGCACACUGGACAGCUUCUUCCAGGGAUGUACUACAGUAAGCCUUUUGUUACUUUUCAUCAAAUCAAUGCUUUUGAGGACCAGGACUGUGUUGUAAUUGAUUUGUGCUGUCAAGAUAAUGGAAGAAACCUAGAAGUUUACCAACUACAGAAUCUUAGGAAAGCUGGGGAAGGGCUUGAUCAGGUCUACAAUUCAGUAGCCACAUCUUUCCCUCGAAGGUUUGUUUUGCCCUUACGUGUCAGUUUGAACGCCCCUGAGGGAGAGAACCUCAGCCCGUUGUCCUACUCCUCGGCCAGUGCAGUGAAACAGGCUGAUGGCAAGAUUUGGUGCUCUUAUGAAAAUCUACACCCUGAGAACUUAGAACAGGAAGGAGGUGUUGAAUUUCCCCAGAUCAACUAUGGCCAAUUCUGUGGCAAAAAAUAUCGUUUCUUCUAUGGCUGUGGCUUUCGGCAUUUGAUAGGGGAUUCUCUGAUCAAGGUUGAUGUGGUGAACAAGACACUAAAGGUUUGGAGAGAAGAUGACUUUUAUCCUUCAGAACCUGUUUUUGUUCCAGUACCAGGGACCAGUGAAGAAGAUGGUGGGGUUAUUCUUUCUGUGGUGAUCACCCCCAAUCAGAAUAAAAGCAACUUUCUCCUAGUCUUGGAUGCCAAGAACUUUGAAGAACUGGGCCGAGCAGAGGUGCCUGUGCAAAUGCCUUAUGGGUUUCAUGGCACCUUCAUAGCCACCUGAUGGAAGAACCAUGAGGUCUGGGGACCAGGUUUAAAAUGAAUGUGCUCUGUACAAAAGAGAGACCGAAAAGGGCACCUUACUUUCCAAACCAUAGACAUCUGGUUUCUAAAUUUCUAUUAAAAAAAAAAAGAAUUCAAGAAAUAAUUAUGGUUUUAUAUUUUCUUAGGGCUCUUCCUUGAAAACACUGAGCAAGUGUUGAUACCACUUUUUGAAGAGAGUUUUACAUUUGUAUUUACUUGAUAUAUCUUCCUCUCGGCAACGAGAAUGCAUGAAAGGAAAACUAGAAGUGGGUCAUUACCACCACCAGAUAGGUAGGUGACAGAGACCCUCACACUUGGCAGAAGAAACCUGAAUAAUCAUAGGUAGUGGAAUAUGAAUAUAGAUCUGAAAAGCACCGGGUUUUUCUAUCACAGCUUGCCUGUUACCACUGGCCUCAGGUGCUCAAGCAGACAGGAAGCCAGCGGUGUCACCCUGAUGGCUUCCUUUAGACUGGCUGCUUCUCUGCAGUCCACAGCAGAUGCCACUGCAGUUGGACCACCCGUGACCACCUCCCACCCUGCCCCUAGUUUGGCCUUGGCAGGGUGUUGUUUUGAAGUGUUACAGGAUUCCAGGGCAGGAGGAAUGGGGGAAGCUGAGAGAGGAAAAUUAGGACAAGGCCAAACAUUGUGGGUAAUUUGCAACUGGCCUGCAAACAACAAACCAGUAUCGUCCCCAGGACACUCUGGGAGCAAAUAGUUAAAGACCUCCCUGCUGAGAGAAUGCAGAAAGGGAGGGGGAAAGGGAAAGGAAAAAAUGGCACUUUUACUCCCGAAGCAAAGCCAGCAGUCUCAGGGCUCAGCAAGAGAGAGUUGCCAGGAUCCUGGGAAGACCACAACAGGAAAACCUUGAGACUUAACCUAUACCAAGAUACUCAGCAAAAGAAUCUUCUGAAACCUACAGACAGGAGGAGGGUAUAUUACUCCUCGAACUUGCUCCAGACACUCGCUUUUCCGGAUUAGCCGGGAAAGCCCAUCUGUGCUCCAAGCCGGAUGAGAUAGAGUUGCUUGCUUUGCUUUGCUUUUUCAAUAAAGGUGCAUGCUUUAAUCACUUUAA